UCUCUCUUGAUUACUGUAGUGUACUUUUAGUAAAUUCCCACUAUCAGCAAGACACCACAAAACUUUUGGACCCUUUAGUCUACUUUUUCUGCUGGAAGAAGCUGGAAGUUUGAUGGUCUUAUGAAACGUGUAUAACUGCGGCUUUUCAAUUGUAUUGUUACUGUUGGGUGCGGGUAUUUUGAGGUCAGUGUUUACUGACUACACUGAGAUGAGUAGUUUUCCAUCACUGGAAUAUCGAUCACUAAAAAGAAAAGAACACUAUCCUCCAGAUGUUUAUUGUCAAAGGAGUGAGCAAAAAGAAGAUUUGAUGUGCGAGGAUUUCGUAAAAGACGGUUUUAAAUACACAAAACCAGUACGUGAUGAAUAUGAAUCAUGUAAGGAGGAAAGUCGGUUUCUGAAUUCAGACGCUGUUUGGAACUUUUAUUAUAAUGUUAUGUUAAAGAAGUAUGAGUGCUCUAACUUCCAAGAUUUUAAGAAGCGUCAAACCACUAAUAUUCGUGAUACUGUAAUUCCGGCUAUUGAUAUGUACAAAGAACAGGUUUCCGAUUGGUUUAGAGAGCUUUCUAGCAACGUCCCACUUCAAAACCUUGGACGUCGCGUGCCUUUUUUCAAGGAUAAAGAGGAAAUUUUACAUGAGUUGCUUUCCAACAAAGUUCCUAUAACUCGAGCAUUAUGGUUUAUUAAUAUAAGCGUCAUCCAGUCAACAGCAGUUGCUGAAACUGCAAAGAAAAAGCCUAGAGCACCUCAGGAUCCUACUGCCGACUGGUCAUCUACGCUCUGCCGUUUGCUUUCGCGUUCAUUGGAGCCAAUUUAUGCACCCGUUAAGCAUAAUGAACUCGUAUCACUCUUUAAUGAUUGGGAUUAUCUUUUUUCUCUGCUUUUGGCUAUGUAUGAUUCGGAUAUGGCAGACCACUGGGAAGUCAUAAUUUGGCUAAUUAAAGUCGCAGAAAGUGUUAAUGAACAAAUUUGUGGGAAAUCGUCACCAUCAACACUUGAUUUAUCACCUUCAAAUCGUUCAGCACUUACUAGCAAAUGCGCUUCUGAUUUCCCUCUGAAGUUUAUUUUGCAUUACCUCAUUAAAUUUGGACGUCGUUUUACUGAGAGUGAAUUGUUAAUUCGCAGGCUACUUUACUGGUGUUGCACUACGUUUGCGGAUGUCGUAUUUGCUUGUACUGGACCUAAAUAUGCUCCUUCAGUUGGUACAUUACAAGGUAUCUUAAAUGAGUAUAAGGAUUUAUGCACGUGUCCUCUACAUCAAAAUAUUUCUAUGUCAUUGAGUAGUUUAAUUAUCUUCAUUGUAUUAAGCUGUCCCUCAGCUGCAGUGUGGAAUCCACUACCUUUUGAUACUGAUUACGCUUAUUUUAAAGGAUCACCUCUUGAUCAUAUUCCACACUCAUUAGUUACACUUCCUCUACCGCCUGGAGAAGAAUCAACGUCAAUACGCAAGUGCUUGUCCGAAGUUGAGGAGGACAUAAUAAGACGUAGUCAGCUCGUUGAAUCUGGUUGGCUGAUUGAACCAUGUUCAGGAAAUAACGGCGAAAACAUUGAACGUCUUGUUCGUCUACUUGAUAUUUUAGAUCGUCAUGAAUAUCAUUUAGUUCGUGAACCAAAUCCAAUGGAAUCUUUAUAUAAUCGUAUAUUUAAUGAUGAUACAAUUCAUGUAGAUACAUCUAUUAUUGUAAUAACAUUAUGUGAAUGGGCUGUAUCACCAUAUCGUAUUGGAAUUUAUCGAUCCAUUAUAGUUGCAUGCCUUUUAGAACAAUUAAAGAAUACAUUUUAUGGAGAUAGUACUAUUAACAGUAGUAAUAUCAGUAACAAAGAUACAAUAUCAUUAUCAACGACUCCAAUUUCAACUACUGGAAGUAAUGUUAACGGUAUGACAGCAACAAUGACAGCAGUUACUACCACUAUUACUACUACUACCACCACCACCAAUACUACUAACACUAGCGUGAAACAUACUACUACUACUACUAAUACUACUAACAAUAUCAAUAUAAUGAAUAGUCAAGCCUAUCAAUCUUUACAAGAAACAUUAAUAAAAUUUUUAGAUAAUUGUACUAUACAAUUACCACCAUUCAAUGGUGAACAAUCGCUAAUUGAUAAUCAUUUUAUGCGUAAUUUAGUUUGUUUAUUCUCUGAAUUAAUUGAUCGUGAAGUAUUUGAUCAUGAUUAUUAUGUAAGAUAUUUUAUUGCUCGUGGUGUAUUCGAUACAAGUUUACAUCCAUUAGCUGUGAUAGAUCAUACUAUACCAAAUAAGAUGAAUACUAAUCCAUUGUCUAUUAAUAAUAGUAAUACUAUUAACCAAUCUGUUAAUACACCAACCAAUAUAACACGUACUACUACUACUACUACUGCUAGUACUACCGGUGGUACCAAUAUAAUGGCAUCAACUAUAUGUCAUUCACAAAUAACAACAGCUCAACAUUCUGUUAAAUCUGAAUUCUCUGAAGAUAUGGAUCGUUCUAGUGUAGAUAAUCCAGAUUCUGUACGUUCAGAAUCUGGUUGUAUUAAUUUAAUAUCAUUACAAUCAAAUAAUACUCAACUCAUCAAUCAUCCAUCACUUUCAUCAUCAUCAACAUCAAAUGAUCAAGUUACUACUUAUUCAAAUCGUCAUUUACAUUAUUUAAUACAAUUUCCUAUACCUCAGGAUGAAUGCUAUACACAUGAACAAAAUCAACGUUUUCAAUUAUUAUAUGGUUCAGUACGUUCAAGAGAUCGUGCAAGAUAUCCUAUUCGUAAAUUAAUACGUGAUAUAUGUAAAUUAUUUACCAAAAAGAUCUAUUUAAUCGAUGUAUUUCAUGGGGAACUUGGUCGACGUAAAAAGAGUAAAGAUCGAGAACGUGAUAAAGACGUCAAUAACAAUAAUACUACUAAUAAUAGUAAUCUUGGAUUAGGAUCAUUCGUUGGACAAUCCACUGGAACAGGAACACCUAAUAGCGGUAGUGGUGGUGUUGGAGGAAAUGGAUCUAGUCAUCGUAAUGGUAGUAAUAAUAACAGUAAUAAUGAUGAAACACGAUCCAUUGAUGAAAUUCAUGAAGAUAUAACAAAACGUUUUAUAAAUUUAUCAUUUUAUGAUAUGGAAUAUGUAUUAUCUCAAUGUACACCAGUAUUUGUUAAAAUGUUGAAUGGUUCCAAUUUUCAUUCAACUAUUAAUCCAUCCAAUGAAGAUAAUAAUACGAAUACCACAAAUAUCACAUCCAUGAAUACUAAUUCACCAUUAUCAACAUCAUCGUCAUCGUCAGCUAAUCCUCCAAGUACUACGACUACGACUAAUUCUAACAACAGUAAUCCGUUGUCGAUAUCGACGUCGAAUGUUCAAUCUCAUAUUUAUAUGCCUGUGCCAAGUUCAAUUUUUUUAUUUUUUGAAUUGAUUGAAACUUCAUUAAAUAUUACAUCAUUAAUAUUUACUGUCAUUGAUACAUUGGAACGUUUAAAGAUCUUAUUUGAAAAUCGUACUCAUUUUAUGACAUUAUAUAUGUCAUCCUUAUGUCUUCGUACAGUUGGUAUCUUACAACGUUAUCAAAAUAUUCUAUUUACAAUGGGUGAUUUAUCAAGUCGUCUAUUCCCUAUUUUAAUAGAACAAGUAAGACAAGUGAAAGAACCUACACAAUGUGGACCAUUAGAACGUUGUAUAUUAAUUUAUUUAAAUGAUUUAUUUACAUCUAAUAUAGUGAUUAAAACACGUUUUACACCAAUUUAUGGUAAAGCUCAUCAAAAGGUGAAUGCAUUAUUACGUCGUAUUGAUCCAAGUGAAGGUAUAAGACAAUUUGAUCCAGAUUAUGCUAAUGAUCUAAUGACAUCAUCGACAUCCUCGUCGAUGGAUAAUGUGACAUCAUUUCGUGCAUAUGCUGAAGAUUUACGUAAUAAACCAGAUUCACGUUAUAGUUUUGUAUGUAAAGCUAUUCUAUGGAUAUGUCAAGCGAAAACUAUUGAACAAGUUAAUUAUUUAUGUGGUCUAUGCGCUGAAUUAACAUGUCAAUGUAGUGAAUUAACUUGUGAAUGGCUUGGUGCAUUCUAUGCUAUUUUAGCACCACAUUCAUAUAUCCAUGGUUAUAGUCCGUUAAUCAAUACAAUUGAUCUAAGUCAACUCUGUAUAUAUGAUAAUUUAAGUUCAUUAAUUGGUACAUUAUUAUCACGUUAUUGUUUUACUAUAUCCGAUUUUUUACGUUUAGUUAUAUGUCCAGCAAUGGCACAAGGUUUAGAUAAUAUAACACAACCAGUUAAUUCACAAUUAGAAUCUAUUAUCUCUUUAGCAUGUCAUAUAUUACAUUGUUUAUUUACGGCUGAAUCAACAAUUAGUUCAUUACAAACUACAUCAAAUGUAUUAACACCUAAUCCUGAUGUCAAUUUAUCAAAUACUACUACUAAUACUACUACCAAUACUACUACUAAUACUACUGUUAGUAGUAGUAUAUCUGAUAACUUAUCAUCUCCACCAUUUCGUAUUUCAGAACCAUUAUUAUUAACUGCUGCAUUACAAAAAGUUACUUCAGAAUUUCUUGUUGAUGUAUUAAAAAUGCUUAUUGUACAUAGUGAUAAAGCAUCUGUUGAUAAUCAACAAGAAGAUGUCAUAGAUGAGACGAAUACUAGUGUAGGAAAUGAUAAUAAUGAAGAUAGUGAUGGUAAUCAAGAUGAUGAUGAUGAUGGGGGUGGUGAUGAGGAUGAAGAACAACAUGAUGAUGAUGAAAAUGAUGACAAUAAUGAUGGUGGUGGUGGUGGACAAGAUAAUCAUAUUGAUGAUUUAACCGAUAUUGAUUCAGAAGGUGAUCAUUCAAUAUUACGUAAUACAAAUCGUAAACGUACUCGUACAACAUUACAACACCAUCAGAAAGAUAAAUCCAAACGUUUUAAAUCUCGUCAUAAUCAUCAUCGUCGUCGUUCAAUUCAUCGUAAAUCCACAACAAAAGUACAUUCUAUAAUACAAAGAUUUCUUGAACAAGAUAUUAUCCCAACCACUAUAGAAUUACAUUCAUUACCGUUAAAUGCAUUAACCCAAUUAGUAUUACGUGAAAUAUGUACAGUAUCAUGGGUACGUGAACGUUUUUAUCAAAUGACACCGAAUCAAUUAAUUCGGGAAAAUGUAUUAAUCGAUAAAAAUUUUACACAAAGUCAAGCAAGACGUUUAUUACAUAUUAUUUAUUGGCCAUAUGAUAUUAAAUGGAUUGAUAUUGCAUUAACUAAUGAUGGUUUAUCUGGUGCUAUGUGUCAUAUAUUACAUCAUUUAAAUAUAUGGACAUUAAAAUGUACACAAAUUGAAUUUCAAUUAUUAUAUGCACAAAUAUCAUUUUCACAACAAACUGAAGUAUUAGGUUAUUUAGCACAAUCUAUUGUACAUGGUUUUCAAUCACAAAUUAUGAAUUGGUUUGAUUUGAAUAAUAAUCAUAAUCAUACUAUUGCCAUGGCAACUAAUACUAGUACUACUACUGCCACAGCAACAAGUAAUAGUAACAGUAAUAAUAAUAAUAGUAACUAUAUGAAUUUUCAAGAAAGUUCAAUUGGACAUUUAAUUAAUGAUUUACCAAUCAUUGAAUUAGAUGAUAACGAUCCUGUAUGGUUAUUUCCUUCAUUAAUUGCUAAAUUACCAAAAUCAUUAAAAGCACAAAUAGUGAAAGUUACAUCCGAGAUUUUAAAAGGUAUAAAAAAUUUUUGGAAACAUAAAAAUGAUGAAGAUAAAGAAACAAUUUUAUUAAAUCAUUCUAUUCUAUUAACUCAUCCAACUUUUUUAUCCUUAUUAAAAGUAUGUUUACCUGAUUCAGAUUAUUUAAUUGAUUCAUUAUAUGAACAAAUUGAAUAUUUUUUAUUAAAUUCACGUUAUUUAGUUGAUCAUUUACCCGACAAUUUACAUACUCGAUCCAUUAUUCAGAAAUGUUUAAAAUAUCGUUUAAUUUUAGUUGGACAAAAAUUCUCCACGAUACAAUUAGAUAUAGAUAGUAGUAUACGUUGGGCUACAUUAUUAGCUCAACUUAUAAGUCAUAGUAUUAUAGAACCGGAAUCGAACUCAAAAUUAUUUUAUAUAGUUUAUGAUAUGUUACAAUUAUUAAUACAUACUAUAACAGCACGUUCUGGUAUUGAAGGUAAACAUUAUCAAACCAUAGCUAAAAAAAUACGUCGUGAAUUAAUGGAACGUCCACCAUGUUCUGGAAUUGAAUAUCUUCGUCCAUUAUUAUUACUUACAAAAGGUUCAUAUACAAUAUUUGUUACUGGACGACAACCACGUGGUGGAACACGUGGUGGAUUGUCAAAUAUGAGUGGAGGAUCACUUGGUUCUGGAGGUGGUGGUGGUAGUGGAGGGAGUGGAGGAGGUGGCGGCGUUGGUUCAUCAGGUGGUGGUGGUGGUACUGGUUCAGGUAUUUGUAAUAAUAGUAGUAAUAAAUUAAAUAAUUCAAAAGGUUCUAAUAAAGCUGGAAAUUGUUUAUUAUCUAAUGGAUCACGAUUUCUUACUUCAUCAUCACAUCAACUUAAAAAGUAUGGAUAUCAAUUCUUAGGUAAAGAACGUUUUACACCAUGGGAAAUAUAUGAUCCAAGUAAACAAUCAUUAUUAUUAUCUAUACAUGGUGCUAUAAAUACAGAAUCUAUAUUAUCACGUAUUGAAGAACAAGCAAAUCGUUUAAUACGUCAUGAUCAUUUUUAUAGAAUGUUUCAUCCACCAGAAUUUUAUAUGGCACCAAUUUAUUCACAAAUACUUGAUGAAGAGAUGUCAGGGAAUAGUGUUAAACUAGGUGAUGUCGGGGAACAUGAUGAUCCUAACGUUAUUAAUAAAAUGAUUAAAACAGAAAAUUCCAAUAAUAAUAGUGAUGGUACCGUUGGUACUACUAACAACGCUUCUAUAAGUAGUAUAUUCAACAAAGGUAAUAAUACUAGUAACUCUAGGGAUGUAAUGAGAGAGUCUCAAUUACUAUCAUUAAAUGAUAUGGUACAAUUGUCGGAGACAAAUUUAUCCGAAUGUUCAAAUCAAUUUUUACCUAUCAGUGGCAAUAAUAAUAACAACAAUAUUAGAAGUGGGGACUCUAGCGGUAAUUAUCACCACCAAUCUACCGGUGUAUUGUAUGAUCAAAAACAUAAUAUCUCUUCUAUGUCAUGUCAUCCUACCACCAGUUUAAUGUUUAAUGAAUCCAACCCAUCGAUAAAAUCCGGUAAUCCACUUGAUUGUGGUAAUACUAGUAUGAUGAUGUCAAUGAUGAUGAUGACAACAUCGUCUGGGUCAACAAAUGCUCAUACUAUAACGAAUAGUGGGAAUAAUAAUCAUAAUAACAACAGUAUGCAACUUGGACGUGGAAAAUUGUUGAAUGCUAGAAAUGAUAUUGAAAUAAAUGAUAAAUUAUCAUUGAAUAAUCGUAUGAAUGCUUUUCAAUCCUCAUCCUCCUCCUCUGGUGGAUCAUUAGGAGGAGGAACUGUUGGCGGUGGUGGUGUUGGUGUUGUAUCAUCUUCGUCAUCUUCAUUGCAAAUUCAUUCACAUUCACAACCAAUCCAUGGGCAUCAUCAUCAUCAACAACAGAUGAAUUUAGAUUCAGAUCAGGUAUAUACUAAUUCAACGCGUAAACUACCGUCGCAACAAACUGUUUUGAAUGAUUAUCCUAAUCCGAAUGAAUUAGAGCAACAAUCUAUGAAUCAUUGUGUAACAGUAGCAGGACAUAUAAAUACAAUGACAUAUCCUCUUAGUCAUCAUCAUAAUCAUCAAUUAGAUGUUAAUUUGCAUAAGACUAAUAAAUUAUUAGGUAUGGAAUAUAAUGAUAGAUUGAUUGCAUCUCAAUCAUCAACAUCAUCUCAACAACAAAUUCAAAUGAAUCCAACUGGAACACCUUCAAUACCUCCACCUUCAAAUAAUGCUACUAUGCUAUCAACACCGACGAAUAACAAUGUCGUCGCUGGUCAUGUGUUGACAUCAGCAGCGAAAACAGUAACGACAAAACGUAAACGAGGAUCGGGACGUCGUGGUGGUGGUAAUAUAACAGAUCGAAAUUCUAUACGUCCCAGUGGUGCAACUACACGUGGUGGUAUGCAUACCACUGGUUCAGUGAAUGUUGUAGGCUAUGAUAGGAUGAAUAGCAAUAAUAAUAAUAGUAAUAAUAAUAGUUCCGUGAAUUUAUACUCUUAUAAUAUUAUGAAUCCGGAACAACAAGUCACUGAACCCAAUCACCAAUGGACAAACAAACAAAAUGUUUAUAAUAUGAAUUUACUUGAAAUGCAACAACAACAACAACUGCCAUCAUCCACUCGUGGACACCAUCAGCAACAACAUUUGGCUAAUUUAAGCGGUUUCUUGCGUAAUCGUGCCCAGCAGCACCAUCAACAACAACAACAGCUUCAUCCUGAGCAGUCGUAUGGAUCAAAUUUCAGUGCAAAUAACUCUGUUGUAUUGUCACAUCAAGGUCAUGUGUUUGACCAAUCACAGAUGAAUAACCAAUUUAACCAAUCUAAUGCUCAUCUGAUUGAUAGUCCAUCUGGUUCAUUAAGACGGCAUUUAACUACAAGUGGAGGUGGAGCUGGCAAUGUUUCUCGAUCUAUACAACAAUCAUCUCAACAACAAUCUCAUCAAAUUCUUAGUCAUACUUCUGGAACACCCCAACAACUUCCACCUGGUAUGCCAAAUCCACCACCAUAUCCGAUAUCUAAUCAUCAAUCUCAACAAUAUUCAUUUCGUGCUCCUCCAUCUGAUGAAGCUAAUUAUAUAAUGAAUACAAAUGAAUCAAGUAUUGAUGAACAAUUUAAACGACAGUCAGUAAAUUCCGCUAUGAAUUCUAUUCAUCAACCUGGUACAACAAUAAUGUCACGUUCAUCAGCUUAUGAAUUUCCAGCUAGUCAUCUACUAACUGAUGUUCAAUCACAACAACAACAACAUCAUAUGUCUUAUAUACCUUCACAAGUGGAUACACAAUUAAAUCCAUCUAGAAUUCAUUCACGUAUUAUUAACCCAUCUCAAUCGAAUCCAAUGAUUCGAUCUGAUCUAACACCAACAACAAUAAUUAAUACUGGUAAUAAUAAUCAACAACAAUCCCAUAUGUCAACUAUUCCACAUUCAUCUUAUUCACGUUAUACUGGUUACUAAUCUAUGUUUAUUGUGAUCCCCUCCUUGUGUAUGUAUGUAUGUAUGUGUGUGUGUAUGUAUGUAUGUAGUAUGUAUGUAUGUAUGUAUGUAUGUAGUAUGUAUGUAUGUAUGUAUGUAUGUAUGUAUGUAUGAGUAUAUUGUUUGUUCUGUGAUUAGUUUAUGUUGUCCCCCCUUCUUUUUUUUGUACAGUAUAUAUAUUUAGAUCUUUAUUUGGACAUGUGGCUUGGUGACUAUUAUUACUUACUUACUUACGCCUGUUACCCCUCGUCGAGGAGCAUAGGCCGGUCCCAGCAUUCUUCAUCCAUGGUGACUAUUAUGAUACCUUGUAAAAAACACACAGUUACUUUUUCACAUGAUUUGUGAUUGUUUUGUUUGUUUUUGUCGUCAAGGCAUGUAAAUGGACAACUAUAUAUAUGUAUAUGCCAAUGUGAUUGAUCCUACGUUAAUGGUAUUAUUAUUAUCAUUAUCUUAAUAAUAUUUAAACAUUAGAGAAUAUAAAAGAAGCGAGUUCAAUGAUAUUC